AAAACUUUAUAAAAUUUAUUUAGUUAUUUAGUCUUUCGAGUUAAUAAUGUUUCGUAAAAUAGCCUUAAUAAUUUUAUUGACUUAUUCGCUUCUCAAUAAUUGUGUGCAUUCAGGUGUGACUCAAUAUAAUGUUAAACUGAAAGGAAUUGAACCUUUCGAAAACAUGAAAAAUCCAUGGCUUAAUUUUCAAGAAUUAAAACUCAAAAAACUCAACAAAACACAUUUUGCUAUUGAUGGAAUAUUUAACAUAUUGCGAAACGAUAUUGCUGUCGAUAAAUUACUGGUUUCAGUUCAUGGUGCAAUAAAAAUGAGUAAUGGAUAUCAACAAUCAUCAUUAUUAAAAUUGGACAAACAAAGCUUUUGCAAUUUUUGGGAAAAUGAUCAAAUAUUAAUGCCAGCCGUAAAGAAGGCAAUUAAUGUUACGGAUGUUACUUGCCCUCCGAAAGUGGGUAUUUAUGGAUUCAUCAAUUAUAUGACCGACACAAGUAAAUUUCCAGAUAAUUUGCCGGGAAAAUAUUGGAGAUUCACUCAUACUUAUUAUGAAGGUGACGACGUCGUUGGUGGUUAUAAAUGUUAUAUGGAAAUUGAUUCUACUACAAAUGUAGCUUUCACUAAGAUGACUUGAAUUUUAUAGUUAUAAUGCGCAUGGAGCGGUGUUUCGUCGGACGAGAAACGAGAAUCUGGAGAUGAUACUUGUGAUGUCUCGCCUGUGCUCGCCUUGUCUGAUUUCGCUAAAAAGGCGAACUUAUUGUACCCGAGGCAAAGGCCACCAGACGAGUACUAGGUUCUUUUCCACAUUCUUUUGAUUCCUUCUGUAGUUCAAUAGCAAUUGCGUCUUACGGUUAAUUUCUUAAAAAACCUUAUUAAUCAAAUAAACCGUUGCGUUGUUACAGUAAAUUUAAAAAUGAAGAUAGUAUUGUAAUACCUAUCCACACAGGCAGCUAUCGCAGCAGCUCUUGUCAUUUCUAUGUCAGCUAUAGCAAAGAGAUACUUGCGAAGUAAGAUCAAAGUGUGAUAGUGAAUGUUUCACUUGCGCUAACUUUGGCGAGUAUGCUCGGCGAGGCUAUUUCGCGAGGACGAGGGGUUAUCGAGUGGGUAAUCAAAAAUUCCUUUUUUUGAGUAGAUAACAAAUUUCUGUGGCUACUUACCAAUCUAUAACAAAUUAUAGUUCAAUCAGACGAAUGAUAUUUUUGUAUUUGCAAAAAAAAGUGGUAGAUUUAUAUUUACGUGGCACCGCUCUUUGCUACACUAUAACGAUUGCAUUGUAAUAUUUUAGUUAUAUUAAUAAAACUUGAAAUUUCACACUCAUAUGUUU